AUGAUAGACAUUGUAUACGCACAAGACAAGCGCUACCCCGGCCCCGACAUUAACGCGCCCAAGGCAGGGGAGAUCUUGACGCAAGAGCAGCUCGAUGCCAUGAACCCGUUGUACUCUUGGGCAGAUGUCAAGGAGAUUGCCCGGGCGGGGAGGCUGGAUAAAUUUGGACGUACUGGUAAAGUACAAUACACGUAUGAACAAUGGAAAGCGCAUGUCAUCAAGGAGCAUGGUACCUUGGAAAAGUACCUCAAAAUCAACAACCUGCCCUGGGGGGAAGAGUCCGAUGACGCGGAUGCUGCCGUCCAGAAACAGCACUCUGUAGACGGUGUCGACGCAUAUCUCCGUUGGGACAAGAUGAAAGACGGCAAGAAUAAGACCUGGGCUGUCCUUCGUAAUCAAAUGCCAUACGCCCUUCCUCGGGACGUCCGACACUUUGUCGUUUGGGUCAGAGUACCAAUCUACAGCCCCAAGCUCGUACAUGAUGACAAAGAUAAGUGGGAAAAGAUCCAAAACGAAGGCCUCGGGGGAUUUACCGGCAUCAUCCCGCCCGCCGACGACUGCUCAAACCUCAUCCUCCCCUCCGGGCCCCCUCCCACCCGCCAUGACUUCUUCUCCUCCCUCUCCGCCUCCACCGGCGACUGGCAUCACUACGACCAACUCCGCGGCUGUACCGACAUACAAAAAUGGUAUGGAGUGCGGUACGAAGCGGAGGGGGGGCAUGAGGUUGGGAGUAUGGUUAGGGCGUUGUGGGAUGAGAGGGGGUGGGAAUGUGUUUGGGUUGCGAAUCCUCCGAGGAUACAAUCGGUGCGGGGAUUAGCUCACUUUCAUGUGUUUGCGCGACGAAAGACGCCUGAUGAGAUUGAUGCUUCCGAGGCGGUUUGGGGUACUGAUUGA